AUUUUUCUACCUUCUGCUCGAAGAAAGAACGGGGUUUCCUUAAAACGGUGUUGUACACGCAGCGUGCAAACUUUUUUUACAGACAUUAUUUGUGGUCUUACCAAAUCACAGCUGUGGCGGGAAGAAUCAGAAUCAAUACAAGUGGCAGUUGCAGAGAGAUUAGUUUUCCAAUUUCUAGAGCCUCUCACAAACUUUACCUGAAGAAUUUAAAUUAACUUAAAUUUAAACUUUCACACAAUCAAAUAUCAUUAUAUCAUCUUAUCCCCAAUUCAAAACCCUAAUUUCCCCAAUCAUGUCCUUUCUCGAUGAGUUUCAAGCAAACCUGGAAUCAUUGCCUAAUAUUCUGCAGAAGAAGUACGCAUUGUUACGCGAUCUAGAUAAAAGUUUGCAGGAAAUCCAACGACAGAAUGAACAACGUUGUGAACGAGAAAUAGAGGAUAUUAAGCGGGGAGUUAAAGCUGGAAAUAUUACACCAGAUACCUCACUUAUCAGAUUCUCAGAUGAUGCACUUGAUGAACAAAAGCAUAGCAUCAGGAUUGCAGAUGAAAAGGUCACAUUGGCUGUUCAAGCAUAUGAUUUGGUAGAUGCACAUAUACAACAGCUUGAUCAAUAUCUAAAGAAGUUUGACGAAGAGCUUCGACGUGAAAGAGAAAGAGAAAGUGCUACAGCAACUGCAUUGCCCAGCUCAAGUCUUGACGGCAGUGCUAAAACUGGAAGGAGUGGUGAGGGCGGCAGAGGAGGGCGUAAAAAAACGCGCCUGGCUACAGCAUCAGCAGUGACAGAAGCAGCAACAGCAGCAACGUCUGCAAAUCCUACUGGUAUGGAAUUAGAUUGUCCAGUGGAUCCGAAUGAACCAACCUACUGUUUCUGCCAGCAAGUUAGCUAUGGGGAGAUGGUAGCUUGCGAUAAUCCUAAUUGCACCAUAGAAUGGUUUCAUUUUGGCUGUGUUGGUCUGAAAGAACAACCAAAAGGAAAAUGGUACUGUUCAGAUUGUGCUGCUUUGAAGAAUCGUCGGAAGGGCAGAUGACCUUAGAUCUUUGUCCAGGGAAUCUGUUUUAUGAAUCUGUAUAGCUAUGAUGUAAUGGACCUGAGUAGCUAUGCUAUGGAUAUGUAGUUUGGCGUUGAGGUUUUUCCAACCUUAAUUUCUAUUUUAUUUUAUUU